UCAAUAGAAUUUCAACUUUCGCACGUCUUCCAUUUCUGGUGCUCGCUCGUCCCAGCUACCGGUCAGCUCUUUCUUUACAAAUUUUUAUUUUUUAAUCUCUUUUUUGAUUUACUGGUAUCAUCUGAGAGUUUGGCCAUAAAAAUAUAUCAUCUGAGGGAGAGAAGGAAUGUCGUGCUUGGCGUCUUGCUGUGCUGCGGCCACGUGCGGGCUAUGCUCAUCGGUGGCGUCUGGGAUCUCCAAGAAAUCAGCUAGGCUUGCUUAUUGUGGUCUCUUUGGCCUUUCCCUUAUCGUUUCUUGGAUUCUUAGAGAAGUUGCUGCACCUCUUUUGGAGAAAUUACCGUGGAUAAACACUUCUACUCAUACAAAGGCAUGGUUUCAACAACAGGCAGUACUUCGUGUAAGCUUGGGAAAUUUCCUGUUUUUUGCUGUACUAGCUCUAAUAAUGAUUGGUGUGAAGGACCAAAAUGACAGACGUGAUUCAUGGCAUCAUGGUGGUUGGAUUGCGAAGAUGGUGAUCUGGUUGUUGCUUGUGAUCCUUAUGUUCUUCCUUCCCAAUGUUGUAAUCACAGUCUAUGGAACUUUAUCGAAAUUUGGUGCAGGGUUGUUUUUAUUGGUUCAAGUGAUUAUAUUACUGGAUUUUACACACUCAUGGAAUGAUGCCUGGGUUGAAAAAGAUGAACAAAAAUGGUAUAUUGCUUUACUUGCUGUAUCAGUUGGUUGCUAUCUUGCGGCAUUUGUAUUCUCUGGAAUUUUGUUUUUAUGGUUCAACCCUUCUGGUCAUGACUGCGGCCUUAACAUCUUCUUUAUUGUCAUGACAAUGGUUCUGGCAUUUUCUUUUGGAAUUAUAGCUUUGCAUCCUGCGGUGAAUGGCAGCCUCUUGCCUGCUUCUGUGAUAUCAGUUUACUGUGCUUAUGUGUGCUACACGGGUCUCUCCAGUGAACCUCGAGAUUACGUAUGCAAUGGUCUCCAUAAUAAAUCCUCUGCUGUUUCAACUAGUACUCUUAUUCUUGGGAUGCUCACAACAGUUCUCUCAGUACUUUAUUCAGCUCUCCGGGCUGGAUCCUCUACAACAUUUUUAUCACCGCCAUCUUCCCCAAAAUCAGGGAGUAAGAAGCCACUUUUAGAAGGGGAAGAUGUGGAAGAAGGGAAGGGAAAGAAGGAGACAGAAGCUCAACCAGUUACUUACUCCUAUUCGUUCUUCCACCUGAUCUUUGCCUUGGCAAGCAUGUACUCUGCUAUGCUUCUUUCAGGAUGGACCAGCUCAUCUGAGAGCUCAGAUCUUGUAGACGUUGGCUGGACAUCUGUCUGGGUUCGAAUCUGCACCGAAUGGGUCACUGCUGCAUUCUAUGUUUGGACCCUUGUGGCACCUUUGAUUCUCCCUGGCCGCGAGUUCUUCUAGGUUUAUCUCAGUAUCAUGUCUAGCCAUCCAAGAAGCUAUGAGUAUCUAAAUAGUUGAGUAAUAGUUUAUAAAGCUGGCCAUAUCUUUAGAAACAUCAAUGUUCUGCUUCCUUUCCUUCAACUUGAUAGUUUUAGAAAGUGAGGCCAGGUUUGUUGGUUUAUUGUAUCCUACAUACAAAAUGGGCAUGAUGAAUGUAUAGACUCAAAAUUGAUAUAGAAUUGAUUUCUAUCUAUGGGGCUUUU